AUGGAGACGGACAGGGUGUGGGCCAGCUCGAGCACGGCGCUGACGUCGGAGCGGGAGCCAGGGGCGCCUCCAGACGACGCGCGGCUUGGGUUCAUCCGUCGUCAUGUAGUGCGUACGUUCCUUGGCGUCAAGAGCGACGCGCUGAACCGCAAGUUCGCGACAGACUCGGUGGCCUCGAGAAUCUUCGACUUCCUACACGUUCCCGAUGCGCGACUACUUCUGUUCACAGACCAUGGAGACGAAUCUAGUGGCGUCGUGGACGUGUACUCAACGCCACCCGCGCACCUCUUCGGAGACGCCUCCAAGAGCAAGAACCGACCGCCUGUCACCGUCUUGUAUCUGCUUAAGACAGUCAAAGGAUCCAUCAGCGUGACCAAAUUCCACGAAGAAAUUCUGUCGGGCACUUUAGAGAAAAACGCACUCGAGUCUCUGGCUGUGAUGCUGCGCGACGUCUUCGUUCCGCUCAUUGGGAACCCGCGCAACCAGCAGAUGUGGCCUGAGAUGGUCACAACGUCCAUAAUUAACAACGUCCACGGCUUCUUCUCCAGCCUCCAGAUCACUCUGGGACAGACAAAAGGCGCCACGUGCCUCCCACUGCCCUGGGAUCAGGCGGUUAUAGAGAGCGUGGCCAAGUCCUCACCCAAAGGAGACGCUUCCAACUCGCUCUCGUUCUCGUCAAGGGGUCAGACAGAUUUCAACGCCAUGGGGGGUCUUGGCAAGGAUCAAGUGCAUAGCUUGGAGGGCUGUCUCAUCACGUGGACCAAGCAGAUCAAGAAUAUCCUCAAACAAGACCCUGAAGCGCUCUUGAACCAACGCGACCACGCACAUCAAGGCCCCAUGGAAGAGCUGCACUUUUGGGCAGCUAAGGCCAAGAACCUCAACUCGAUCUUCGCCCAGCUGCAGUCUGACAGUAUUCGCAAGGUGUUGCAGUAUCUGGACGCGUCCAAGAGCACCUACAACAUCCCGUUUGCGAAGCUGUGCAAGGAAGUUUUCCUGGCCAGAGCUGAAGCUAACGAUAACAAGCACUACCUGUGGCCUUUAGCCAAGUGGUUCGAGCAACUGGCGAGUGCAUCAACUCUGCCAGAGAUCCGAGAUCUCUUCCGACCAAUCUGCCACUCGAUUCUGCUGAUCUGGAAGUCCAGUCGGUUCUACAACACGCCAGCGCGACUCGUUGUGUUGAUUCGACAGAUCUGCAACGAAAUCAUCAGGAAGGCGAUGACGCACUUGAAUGGCGACAAGCUGUUCGAGCUGAUUGACCAAGGCGAGCUGGAACAGGCCAAUAGGAUGCUGCAAAUGUCGCUACAAGUGUGUGCUCACUUCAAGAGCGUCUACUUUGACUACAAGGCCAAGUCUGUGACUGAGGUGCCAGGCAAUCCGUGGCGAAUCCAGAACAACGCCUUGUUUAUCCGCCUUGAUGCUUUUCUCGAGAGGUGCCACGAUGUUCUGGAGCUGACGCAGACUAUUUACCAAUUCCAAAAGCUCGCCGAGGUGGAGAUCGGAGGUACAAAGGGGAAAACACUCACGACAAGCGUGCACCAGAUCUACGCGGACUUUCAAGAAACUCUGGCGCAGAUGAAGAGCGUUCAGUACGACCUUAUGGACUUGGAUGCCAAGCACUUUGAGGACGAUUUCUACGCCUUUCGCUCCAAGAACAAGGAGCUGGAGCGACGUCUAGCUUCGGUGAUCAACCAGGCUUUCGACGAUGCCAAGACAAUUGUGGGACGCUUCAAGUGCUUGGACUGCUUCGAAGAUCUACUCGACCGACAGAUCAUCAAGAACGAGCUGGAGCGGAAGCACACGUCACUUAUCGCAUCGUAUGCGAGCGACCUGCAUGUGGUGCAGCAGAUAUUCAUCGAGAAUCGAGAGCAUCCGCCGAUAUCUCCCAACCUCCCGCCGUUCGCUGGUGCUGUCACGUGGUGUCGAGGACUCGGCGAGCGUAUUAGAUUCCCCAUGGAGAAGCUGAAGCAAAUCUCCCCCAGGAUUGUGCUCGAGCGAGAGGAUUCGAAAGAAGCCAUGAAGCUGUACACGAACGUGAUGGCGAUGCUGCAGGAGUACGAGGUCCAGAACGUCAAGCAAUGGGGCAUUUCAAUCGAGACUUCGUCGAAGGCCAAGCUCAAGCUGCCACUGAUCAGACGGGAGCCUGCUCCGGGGUCUACCGUUGCUGAUACGACUACAAGCUCAGGGCCCAAAGGACAGCAACCGCAAACAGGGGCAGCUCAACCCAGCACAACAGGGUUACUUUUCGUCAACUUCGAUGCUGCUUUAGUGCAGCUGCUGCGUGAAGUGAAAUAUUUCCUGUUGCUUGGGUUGGACAUCCCCGAGGAUGCGUUGGAGAUCUACAAACGCGCUGAAGUGUUCCGACGCCAGACAGGAAACUUGGAGCUCAUUGUCGAUAUGUACAACACCAUCCACUGGACGUUGCUGCCCGUUGAGAAGCCUCUUGUCAAGGGCUAUCUGGAGCGUAUGGACCAAGUGUUAAACAAAGGCAUCAAGGCCUUGAACUGGAAGUCUCACGGUAUCGACGUGUUCCUGAAAGAGUCCAUGACAGUGGUGAACGAGGCCAACACCCUGUUGAGUCAGCUAAAGACGCACCAAAACCGAGUCGCUGAGUUGCUGGAGAUCUGGAAUUCACCGCCGCUGCUGUUCGAACGAAAGAGCAAGGCGUUGUCGGUAGACGAGUUCGAGGAGCUCCAGAAGGCUCUGUGCCAACAAAAGUACCAUGUGAUCAAGGAAGGUGGCAAUGAGAUUCAUCGGCUGCUCAAGGACACGCUGAAGCACUUGCGCGUGGCUCAAGGGAGUCCCGACUGGAGAGCUUAUGUCGACUACGUCAGCGGAACCGUGGAGGACGGACUCGCUCGAGUGAUUCUUCAGUCUCUUGGACAGCUGAGAGAGCAACUAGACCCAAAACGUAUCGAGAGCGAGGACAUUCCAGCCUUGCUCGAAGUUGAGUUGGAUUUGUACGGCAAAGACAUUGUCUACUUCCCGACCAUCCAGAGCACAGCAGCGAAAAAUGGCAUGGAAGACCUUAUCGUGCGUCGAAUGGAAGCAAUCCUCCAUUGCUCGACAGUCUUCAAGCGGUUGGACAGCUCCGAGGGCACGUACCUGAAAGAGAUGCGAGAGAACAUGCAGAUCCAACUGCUUAUUGCAGAUAUAUCGUCGUUUCUGGACCAGAACCAGAAGGCUUGCGCUGCAUUCCGCCAAGCGCUCACAAAGUACGAAUAUCUUUGGACGACCGACUUGCCGCAGAUGUUCCAGACUUUUCUCUCGACCGCGUGGUCUCCGUAUCCGCACGCAGAUGACCAGAACUCUCGUUGCAGAAUCGUGUACGCAGACAGCUCGCCCUCAGCGACUCCCAGCACGUUUAAAUCUGGUGUAGCGCCUGAGAAAAGUACCCCCAAAUCGACAAUCUCUGCUGGCUCUGCCAUGGCUACACCUCCUCCUUUGCCUGCGCAGCUUCUCAACCUCGAGCGGUUCCAAGAGAAGAUCAGCUUCUUCCUUGGCCUCCAGAAUGAAAUCUCCGAGUCGAAACAUGUGAAAGACGUGGGUUUCGUGCGAGUCAACUCCCUCCCGAUCAAGCAGGCGUUGUCGACGUGGGUGACGAAAUGGGUGUACUUGUUUACGCAGUAUCUGCACGAUCGAGUCGUCAACCAACUUGUGUGGGUCGAGAGCUUCAUGCAGAAGGUGAACGCUGGUCUGGACAUCGAGGUCGACGCCGCCAAUGCUGAAAAGGAGAAGCUGAUGCAGUGCAUGCUGCACAUCCGUGACGUCCGCCAUCUGAUGCGUGAAGAUUUGUUGGUGAACUUCGCGCCGCUCAAGGAUUUCGUCGCGCUUCUGAAGCUUAAUGGCAUUGCGCUGGACAUGUCGUACGUCGGCAAGGAGAACGUGCUGACGUUCUUAGAACAAGCGCCAAUCCGAUGGGAAAAUAUGGUGAACAAGACGUUCAAGAAGAAGGAGGUGAUCCAACCGCUGCAGAACCAGAUGAUGGAAUCGAUUCGGCAGGAAGUGGCGGACUUUAACCGACGUCUUGCGGCUUUGAAAGAGGAGUUCAAGGUCAAUGCUCCACUAUUUGCGCCCUCUGAUAGUCGCUCGAUAGCUGAUGUCUAUGAUCAACUGGACGCGUACAACGCGAAGCUGCAUCAAGUCGAACAUGAAGCUGCGAGGCUCAUGGAACUGGAAGAUAUCUUCGAGCUGGCAUCCAGCAAGUUCGACGUGCUGACAACGCUGCGUGUCAAUUUUACCACACUCAAGCACAUCUGGGACUUUGUCGCGCUGCUGGACUCGAUUUACGUCCACAAGUGGCAGCCUUUACCGUGGAACGAGCUGGAUGCUGACGCGCUGAUGGAGGAAGUCGAUGGACUCGAGCGUCAUCGCCAUGCUCUGUUCGCAUCAGCUCGCGGGGUGAAGGAAUGGCCCAUCUAUGACUAUCUGGAGCAGAAGCUGCAUCAGAUGACAGUGAUCUUGCCCCUCGUCAAGCAUUUGCAUUCUCCAGCCGUACGCGAUCGACACUGGAAGAAUCUGAUGGUGCUAGCAAAAAGGCACUUUGAUUUAUCCGGAGCUGGUGGGCUGAGCGUAUCCAGCUACGCUGCGAUGGGAAAUGUCGCUGGAGGUUCAGGGGGGAGAGAUGUUAGCAGCGGGGGUAAGAGCUCUCUGCGAUUCGAAGAAGUCCUCAAGCUCGAGCUCUUUCGCUUUGUCAGCGAAGUCACUGAGCUUGUGGAGGUGGCGGUCAGAGAGUUCAAGAUCGAGCAGCAGUUGCAGUCGAUUGACACGACGUGGAGCGGAUUCCAACUUGAGUUCGUUCCAUACCAAACGGCAGGAAGCAAGGCUUCACCUUCCGGUGGCGACCACAGCCGUGAGUCUGCCAUUUUAGUCGGUAGCAACGACGCGACGUCAAGUACGAAUGUGCUUCCAGAAGCAGCAGGCGAAGUACUGGAGGGUGAUAUCAUGAUUUUGAAGAUGCCAAACGUCAUCAUUGAGUGUCUGGAGGAGCAUCAACUUCAGCUGCAAACGAUGGCCGCCACGGGGAAGUUUGUUGCCUACUUUAAAGACAAGGUGUUCGAGUGGCAGUUGCGGUUGGGCAAUGUCGAUACGAUCCUGAAGCUGUGGGUUACGCUCCAGCGCCAAUGGUGCAGUUUGGAGUCCAUUUUCCUAAGCUCGGCGGGCGAUAUUCAACGCCAGUUGCCAUCAGAGUAUCAACGCUUUGAACAUGUUGACGAGGCCAUGAAGGAGCUCUUUGCAGACGCACGCAUGUCUCCAUCGGUGCUGGUGGCCUGUUGUCAACGCGAAGGGCGUGAAGCUGUGCUGCGUUACCUGCAAAUAGAGCUGGAGAUCUGCCAGAAGGCCCUCAACCAGUACUUAAACGGUAAAAAGGACAUUUUCCCGCGGUUCUACUUCGUCUCCACUGCGUCGCUACUUGAAAUCUUGUCAAACGGCAACCACCCGCCUCGUAUCCAGCCCCAUUUUGGCAACUGCUUCGACGGCAUCGAGUCGUUUGAGUUUGUCAGCGCCCAGUCAGCUCUAGAAUCGAAGCAUUCGUCUGGAGGAGGUUUGUCAGGCCGAAAGAUGUUUUUAAAUGCGUCGUCUGCCUCACUGGAAGAACGAUUCUUGGCCAUGGCGAUGGUCUCGAAGGAAGGCGAAGUGGUGCAGUUCCCGGACUCGCAUUUAAUCCAUGGAACAGUGGAAAACUGGUUCAACGACCUGGUGUUCGUGAUGCAGGAUACGUUGCGGCAGAAGAUCUUCGAGGCAGUCGAGAGCAGUGCUCUGUGGGGGGUAGACUGCGCUCGCCACACGUGGGUCUUUGAUUACCCGGCGCAAGUUGCGCUGCUGGGGAGUCAGAUCGUUUGGACAGAGGAGGUUGAACUCGCUUUGGAGGAGUUUGAGAAUGACACGGAAGACGCCAUCAAGAAAUACUACGAGGUGUCAACAGUGCGAUUGGAGGAGCUGAUUAAGCUGGUUCAGGGCCAACUGGGUGCGCUAAAUCGCCAGAAGAUCAUCACUCUUAUUACUGUUGACGUCCAUGCGCGGGACGUGGUGCAGUCGUUGAUCACCAAGAAAGUCUCGAGCUCAUUGGACUUCCAGUGGCAGUCGCAACUACGCUACUACACGACACCAGUGUUGACCAGCGCAGGCCAGAAGAAGGAAGUGCACAUUAAGAUCUGCGACUUCCGCUCCUUCUACAGCUACGAGUACACAGGCAAUUGCGGGCGCUUGGUGAUCACACCUCUGACUGACCGUUGCUACGUCACUCUUACUACAGCGCUGCGGCUGUGUCUUGGAGGAGCGCCUGCAGGUCCAGCAGGUACUGGGAAAACCGAGACGACUAAGGACCUAGCUCGUGGCAUGGGCCUGCAAUGCUACGUCUUCAACUGCAGCGACCAGAUGAAUUACUUGACGAUGGCCAACAUUUUCCGAGGAUUAGCGCAGACUGGAGCGUGGGGCUGCUUUGACGAGUUCAAUCGCAUCUCGGUCGAGGCUUUGUCGAUGGUGGCGACCCAAGUGAAGACUGUACUAGAUGCUAAUACAUUACUGGUGGCGUCAACGAACCGUGUACCGUCGUCUGGCACCGGUGACGUUGGUUCGUCAGGAGUGGAAGGAAGCGCUCAGCAACCCGUGGCAAUGCCACGGACAGGCAAUUGCGAGUUCUUCGGCAAGACAAUCGCGUUGGUGCCGACUGUUGGCUUCUUUAUCACGAUGAAUCCGGGGUAUGCUGGUCGAGCAGAGCUACCGGAGAACUUGAAGGCCCUGUUCCGCUCGUGCGCCAUGAUCAAACCGGACUUGCAGCCUAUUUGUGAGAACAUGCUCAUGGCCGAGGGAUUUCUAAAGGCACGCAUGCUCUCUGCCAAGUUUGUGACGCUGUACAAUCUAAGCAGUGAGUUGCUAUCGAAGCAGAAACACUACGACUGGGGCUUACGCUCCGUCAAGUCGGUCCUUCUCGUCGCUGGCAGUCUGCGUCGUGCCCACUCCACCCUGUCGGAAGAGACAGUACUGAUGCAAGUGCUUCGAGACUUUAACACGCCACGGAUUCUCCCGCCAGACUAUCCAGUCUUUAUGGGACUACUACGAGAUUUGUUCCCGAAAGGAGAACUCCCUCACCUCAAGAACGACGCUCUGCAGACAAAAUGCGCUCGGGUGUGCGCGCAGAAGAAGCUCCAGCCUGAAGAGGGGUUCCUCAAGAAGAUGAUGGAGUACGAAGAAGUCCUCAAGGUUCGACACAGCGUGAUGCUCAUUGGGCCAGCUGGAUGCGGCAAAAGCACGAUCUGGAACACACUUGCUGCCUGUCACAACGCCGAUGACGAAGGGAAUGCGUUGGCGAAGCACUUGACCGUGUGUGAGAGCGUCAACCCGAAGUCCAUCACAGCGGACGAGUUGUACGGAUAUAUGACUCUCGAUAACGACUGGAAAGACGGAGUUCUGUCGUCGAUCAUGCGCAACAUGUCGAAGAACGUGGCGCCAUUUAGCGAAGCGCAGACGUACAAAUGGGUCGUCUUGGACGGCGAUAUUGAUGCUGUGUGGAUCGAAAGCAUGAACACGGUGAUGGACGACAACAAGGUCCUUACGCUGGUAUCGAACGAGCGUAUACCGUUGACAAAGUCCAUGAGAUUGGUGUUUGAAAUCGCGUCGCUCGUGAACGCAACACCUGCGACCGUGUCACGCGCAGGCAUCAUCUACGUCGAUGAAGGCCACGUCGGUUGGUUACCUGUUGUGGAGUCCUGGCUGCAGCAGCGUGAGAGCAGUGCCGAGGCAGGCAUCCUUCCUGGUCUCUUUAUGAAACACGUGGACGCCAUGUUCUCCGCUUUGGAUGAGACAAAAGCAGAGACGAUCGUGCCAAUAGUCUCCAUCGCACUCGUAGAAAUGCUUUGUCGUCUGCUGGAUGGAUUGCUGAGUUUGGUGGCUGAGCACGAGAAAACGCCUGAAGUUCUGGAGAAUGCCUUUAUCUAUUGUGGACUGUGGGCGUUUGGCGGUGCUUUAUCCACCGACAAAGGAACAGAUGAUUGCGCCGCGUUCUCUACGUACUUUAAGACUGUUGCCAAGUACAAGUUUGCCUCUGCAUCAAGUAACGCCGGAUCAGCUACAAACGUUGCUGACGCGAAUAGUGCGGCGAUGCUGGCGAGUAACAACGCGAAUCUCUUUGACUUUUAUUACGACAUCACGCGCAACGAGCUAAUUCACUGGGGUGACAAGAUCCCGUCGCUUACGCCCAUCGGGGACGUGUCAUUCCAUGCGCUUACAGUCCCCACUAUGGAAUCUACUCGUGUGCACUCGAUCGUUGACUUGCUGGUGCGUAAGAGGAACCCGGCGAUUCUGGUGGGCUGCAGCGGAUCAGGCAAGUCGUUGCUGCUUCAUGAACACAUGAAAGGGCUGGAAGAUGACACUGCUUUUGCCUAUGUGAGCAUGCACCACUACAUGAACGCACGUGAACUGCAAGCUCGCCUGGAACAAUAUAUGGAGAAGCGAUCGGGUCGUGUGUACGGACCGCUUUACAACCGCAAGCUCAUUUACUUCUUGGAUGACCUCAACAUGCCGUUUGUCGAGGAGUUCGGGACGCAGACAGCUCUUGCACUUUUGCGCCAAUAUAUGGAUUACCACUCGUGGUACGACCGCCAUGAUCUUUCGUCGAAGAAGCUCAUCCACGACGUCCAGUUCCUUGCCUGUAUGAACCAUAAGGCCGGGUCGUUCACAGUUAACCCUCGUCUACAUCGUCACUUCUCGACGUUAUGCAUCAGCAUGCCGUCCAAGCAGGACCUCGCGGCCAUCUACUCCGCGCUGUUCCAUCAGCACUUGACGGGGUUUUCUGACAAGAUCAAAAAGCUCGCUCCUUCCAUCAUCACUGCGACGAUUGACUUGUACACGGAGGUGCGCGCGAACUUCCUCGCAACAGCCACGAAGUUCCACUAUGUGUUUAGCAUGCGCGAGCUAAGCUCCUUGUUCCAAGGCCUCUUCAUGGCGCGACCAGAAGCGUACCUGAAUAACUCAUUGCAGUUCUGUCGUCUCUGGAUUCACGAGUGCUUCCGCGUCUUCAGCGACCGCAUGAGUUCUCCUAGUGAGAUUCAGAGGUUUGCUGAAAUGGCAGUGGAGCAGACAAAAAAGAACUUUGAAGAGGACCAAGGCGAGAUCUUUGCAGCGCCUCUUAUCUGUGUGAACUUCCUGGGAGCUUCAUCGAUGUCGAUGGAAGGAGAAUACGGAGGCUCCACUCUCAGUUACGUUCCUGUAGUCGACAAGAGCCAACUCACAGCUUGCUUGGAGCGGAAGCUGGCGGAGUACAACGAGACGCAUCCGGUGAUGAGUCUGGUGUUGUUUGAUCAAGCUCUGGAGCAUGUCACGCGCAUCGUUCGUGUCCUGGCAAACCCGCUAGGGAAUGCGCUGCUCAUUGGCGUUGGUGGAUCGGGAAAGCAGUCCUUGUCACGUCUGGCAGCGUUCAUCUGUGGCUACAGUUUAGUGUCGCUGACUACGAGUGCUUCCCCGUCGUACGGGAUGAGCGAGCUAAAAGAAGACCUCAAGGACAUCUACCGCAAAGCAGGCAUCCGACCAGCAAAGCCCAUUGUCCUGCUUCUCACGGACUCGCAGAUCACUGACAAUCGUUUCUUGGUGCCACUGACGGACGCGUUGACUUCCGGAUGCAUUGCAGAUCUUUUUUCCAGCGAAGAGAUGGAGUCCAUGGCUGGGUCUUUACGGAUGGAGGCAAAGGCGCGUGGGAUCCCAGACACGAAGGAGCAACUGCAAGAGUUUUUCUACGAUCGAGUACGCGGCAAUCUGCACCUCAUCUUGGCUUUCUCACCCGUGGGCGGCGAUCUGCGCAUUCGAUGCAGGAACUUCCCGUCUCUAAUGGGCUGUUGUACUAUGGAUUGGUUCCAUCCGUGGCCGAAAGAAGCGCUGGUGGAUGUGUCGCUCAACUUCCUCCAAGACGUCGAGCUAGCUACACGUGCGAUCCAAGAGAAUGUUUGCCACCACAUGGCCGAGUUGCACAUGUCAGUGACAACAGCUUGCACAAUGUAUGCGAAGAGCUAUGGACGCCACAAUUACGUGACUCCGACGUCUUUCUUGGAGCUAAUUCGAUUCUAUCGAUCGCUGUUGGAAGCCAAGCGAUCGUCGCAAACACUGAAGAUUAAGCGCCUUGAAGUGGGGCUGGCUACAUUGAAGAAGACCUCGCAGGAUGUCGCAGGGCUGCAAGACGAGCUCAAGCUGACAAUGAAGAAGGUGGAAGAGCGGAAGAAGGCGACAGAUCUCUUGUUGGAGCAGAUGGGGAAGCAGCGAGGAGAUGCCGAAGUGAACCAGCGUCGGGCCGAUGAAGAGCGCGCCAAGGCCGCUCAGGCAGCCGAAAUCGCUUCCCAAAUUGAAGCCCAGGCGUCAGUUGAGCUUGCAAUCGCCAAACCUGCUCUGGAUGCCGCCCAGCAAGCUGUGAACUGCCUCAACAAGGCGUCACUGACUGAACUCAAGUCCAUGGGCAAGCCUCCUGCGGGCGUGGAGAAGGUGACUGCCGCAGUUCUCAUGAUGGUCAAGAAAGAGACCAAGAACUUCAGUUGGGACAACGCCAAGAAGAUGAUGGCAAAGGUGGAUGUCUUCAAGCAGUCUCUGGAGCAAUACGACAAGGAGAACAUCCCUCUUGACGUCGUAGCGCGUGUGGAGCCACUGAUCCAAGAAGACCCAAACUUCAACUACGAAAAGAUGAAGAGCAAGUCCGUCGCCGCCGCCAACUUGUGCGUGUGGGUCGUCAACAUCAUCUCGUUCCACCAGGUCUUUGUGCGCGUCAAGCCAUUGAUGGAUACGCUCGAGAAGGCUCGACAGACCAAAGCUGAAGCGGACAGUGAGCUAGCGUCGGUGCAGAAGAUGGUGGCCGAGGUCGAAGCCCACCUAAACGCGCUGCAAGCUUCGUUCCGGGAUGCUACGAACGAGAAGGCGAAAGUCGAGGCGGAAGCGCAAGCGUGUCAAGAGCGACUGUCUUUAGCGGAACGUCUCGUGAACGGUCUCGCGUCGGAGAAAGAGCGGUGGAGUCACGAGAUUGACGCCUUGAGAGCUGGAGAGAGUGCGCUCAUUGGCGACUCGUUGCUGGCCGCUGGAUUUGUGAGCUACAUCGGCGCGUUUAACGCGAGUUUCCGAGCUCAGCUGUGGAAGAACACGUGGUUGCCUGAUAUCGUGACGCGAGAGAUCCCCAUUACACUUGGUGCGCCCUUAGAUAUGAGCGCGAGUGGUUCGAAUGGAGCUGAGAAUGCUGAGAAAGGCGACGAAGCUGAGUCCUCGGUCGAACCAUCGACGUCUGCGUCCUCAGCCUCGAGUGGCAGUACGGGCGUCGACCCGCUUGAUGUGCUCAGUGACAGCAGCGACGUGGCUCAAUGGAUGAACGAAGGAUUGCCAGCUGAUCGUAUCUCCAUCGAGAAUGGGUGCAUCAUCACGUCGUGUCAGCGCUGGCCGCUUCUUGUGGAUCCUCAGCUCCAGGGAAUUAUCUGGCUACGUGCUCGUGACUUUCGACACAAGAAACCUCAAGGUGUGGAAGGCCAGGACGAGCAGGAGUCUGCUGGCCAAGCUCUGGUGAUUCUACAGCCUCAGCAAAAGAACUGGACAAAUACGCUGAAAACUGCAAUCAAUAGCGGACAGAGCGUCAUCCUGGAGAAUCUUGGCGAGACCAUCGACGCAUCCCUAGAGCCUGUCAUCAUGCGGCAGAUCUACAAGAAAGGACGCAACUGGUUCUUGCAAUUCGCUGCUGAGGAGAUUGAGGUGGACCCUCGCUUCCGCUUGUACCUGCACACGAAGCUUCCAAAUCCUCACUACCGGCCGGAGAUCCUGGCGUACUGCACGCUCAUCGACUUUAGUGUGACGGAGAAGGGACUGGAGGACCAGUUACUGGCGAAUGUGGUGAACCUGGAGCAGCCAGACUUGGAGACGCAGAAGCGUCAACUCCAGCAAGAGUUUAACGGCUACCAGAUUCAGUUACUGCAGCUUGAAAACGACUUGCUGGAGCGUCUAUCAAACGCCCCCGACGACAUUUUGUCCGACGUCCCGCUGAUCAAAGGUCUGGAGAAGACGAAAAUCACAGCGAUUGAUGUCGGCAUCGCAUUGCGCAAAGGCAAAGACGCCGAGCGCGAGAUUAACCUCGCUCGAGAGGUCUACCGCCCUGUGGCCAAUGAAGCGAGUAUGAUGUACUUCUUGAUGAGUCAGCUCUGCAAGGUGAACCACAUGUAUCGCUACUCGCUCGAGUCGUACAUGACGUUCUUCUUCGUGGCGUUGGAUGGAGUCGCCCCCCCGGCUGCAGCAUCAGAUGAAACGCACAGCAAUGGCGCUGUAGCUCAUGAUCGUGUGGGGGUAUUGAAGGAGGCGCUGCGCUGGACCAUCUUCUCCAUGGUCACGAGAGGUCUCUAUGAAGAGCACAAGCUGCUGUUCUUGACGCAACUGGUGUUCCUCUUGCUUCGUCGUGGCGUUAUCGGUGCCAAUAGUGGAUAUGAACCGCAGUAUGCGCGGUUUCUGCUGCAAGGAUCAAAGAUUGUGGGGACGGAGAACACGAUCUCGUGGUUGAACGAGUCUCAGUGGCAUUCGUUGCAAGCUCUGGUCGCUUUGGCUCCUUUUGAGAGGUUCGUGUCGGAUCUGGAGGAGUCCGAGCCGCGUUUUCGCGAAUGGUACAACUCGACAAGUCCCGAGCUGGAGAAGUUACCGCUGGAUUGGCGAAAGUUGGACAAGUCUGCGCCGUUCUUGAAGCUGUUGGUGGUCAAGUGUCUGCGGCCUGAUCGACUGACGCAAGCAAUGAGCAACUUUAUCGUCCAGACGCUCCCUAGUGGCAGCCAAUUCCUCAAUUGUGACAGUCAACUCAACAGCUUUGCGAUCUUGCAGAGUGCGUUCAAGGAGAGUUCUCCAUGGACGCCCAUGUACUUUAUCCUGUCUCCAGGCUCGGAUGUCGUGGCCGAUGUGGACAAGCUGGCAGUGCAGGACCAAGAGAGGAUUAAGGGCGUAGACUACCACAACAUCGCUCUGGGUCAAGGCCAAGAGCAAGUGGCCAUGAAGACGCUGCAUUUGUCGGUGGAGAACGGCCACUGGGUGAUUUUAAACAACGUUCACUUGAUGCCCAAGUGGAUGCUCGAACUGGACAAAUGGCUGGAGCAGUUGGCCAAGGCGAGUAAGACUGCUUCAUACGCCACGCUUCGAAGCAAUCUGUCGAGCGGCAAGGACAUCACUCGCAUGGGGACAAGUCGAUCGUUGUCGUUGUUGCCACCCGUUGGAGCUGCGUCCACAGGGGGCAGUGGCAUCGGAACGCUGCAUCCGAACUUUCGCUUGUUCAUUACCAGUGAUCCGUCGACCAACAUCCCCAUCGGCGUCUUGGAGGGGUCCAUCAAGCUCACUAAUGAGCCCCCAACGGGACUACGUGCCAACGUCAAACGUGCGAUCUGCUGCUUCCCCAAGAACGUCGUCGAUGAUCUCGAGCCACGCACUCGUUGCAUCUUGUUUGCUCUCUGCUACUUCCACUCGCUCAUGCUGGAGCGCAAGAAGUUUGGCCCGCAAGGUUUCAACAUGCUGUACCCAUUUGCCGCCAGUGACUUACUUGCAAGCAGCACAGUACUGAGAAACUACAUGGACAACGCCCCAGCACGCGUCCCAUGGCCAGAUCUGCGAUAUCUGUUCGGCGAGAUCAUGUAUGGAGGCCACAUUGUGAACGAGCUGGAUCGGCUGGUGGCUGCGACGUAUCUGCAGUAUUUCCUGCGUGACGAGUUGUUGGAGGAGCUCUCGAUGCUUCCGUUUGGUGACGAUGCGGGUGGAGGAAGCGGCAGCGGUGGGAAUAGUGGGCAGGAUGGAGGAAGCGGUGGAGGGGGAGGAGAUGGAGAUGGCCCGAGUGGAGGGCAGCAACGUCGCGAGUUCCUGGCUCCCAAGCUGUCAGCUGGCUUUGAUCGCAUGCUAGAGCAUGUGAACACGUCGCUGUUAAACGAGACGCCGACUGCCUUUGGGCUGCAUCCGAAUGCUGAGGUGGCGUUCCGUACCGAGAAUGGCCAGAUUCUGUUGCAGUCGAUGCUGCUUCUCACUACAAAGGACGAAGAUGCUGAAGGAGACAACAGCGAUGACGAAGAGGUAGGCACUGGAGGCUCUGGAGCGAAGGAGACUGGCGACGCAGUUCAACUCGCAGCCGAGGGAGUGCUUCAGGACGUCCUUGAGAACUACCGUGACUUCCGUUUUGACAUCCAAGAGCUUUUCUAUAAAGGAUCAUCCGACUCUGGCUCGCGUGAUGGAUCUUCGCGACGAGGUAAAGGUGGCAGACUCUUCUCGUCUGUAGCGACACCCGACGCUGAUGACAUGGAUCCGUUCCAGACUGUGCUGCUCCAAGAGUGUCAGCGUAUGAAUUACUUGCUGGAAACUAUGACAGAAUCGUUGGCAGAGCUCGAAUUGGCCUUCCGUGGCGAUGUCCCACUCACUGAGACUAUGGAGAAGCUGCAAACGUUCUUGUAUUACGAGCGAGUCCCGGAUAACUGGCUGGCCGCCGCCUGUCCAUCACGACGAGCACUUGCGCCAUGGCUGGCCAACUUACAGCAACGAAUUGCGCAGCUCCAGGAGUGGAUCGGAUCAGCUCCUGAGUUGCCGUUGGUGCUGUGGCUGCCUGGACUCUUCAACCCUCAAGCUUUCCUCACAGCUGUGCUCCAGACGGCAGCUCGCAAGCACAACGUGGAGCUCGACUCCCUGCGAAUCACAGCUGACGUGACCAAGCGUACGAUUGACACAGUGGAUGCCCCUGCUCGUGAUGGUCAGUUUAUUCAUGGUCUGUACCUCGAAGGUGCACGCUGGGACUUUGGCAAUGGUGUACUGGAGUCAAGUUUACCCCGGGAAAUGUACGUGUCGAUGCCUGUGCUCACGUGUCGAGCGAUCGUGAACACAGCGAGUAAAGACCAAGCGAGUGGCUCAGGGAGUGGAGGUGGGGGCAAAGCUGGCGCCAGCAACGUGUUCGAGUGUCCAGUGUACAGGACUCAGCAGCGGGGACCGACGUUGAUUUUCAUGUCACCACUCAGGACGAAAGUUCCGCCAACCAAGUGGGUACUCGCAGGAGUGGCCAUGCUCAUGGAGGUGGUUUGA